UAGUUUGUUAGAUUCCCAGCUAAAUUUCCAAUACUCACAAUAAAUACAUAAAUCACACAACACAAAAACCAUGGCGGAUCUGGCAGUGUUACGCAUUAAGCGGGAAUUCCAGGAGGUCAUGAACAGCGACGAGAUCGUGCAGGGUUCCAUAAAGAUCGAACUGGUCAAUGAUAGUUGGACAGAGCUGCUCGGCGAGAUAGCUGGGCCCCCCGACACACCAUACGAAGGGGGCAAGUUUGUGCUGGACAUUAAAGUGCCGCCGAGUUAUCCCUUCAGACCGCCAAAGGUUCGUUUUGUGACUGCCAUCUGGCAUCCCAACAUCUCAUCGGCGACUGGCACCAUUUGCCUGGACAUACUGAAGGACAACUGGGCAGCGGCCAUGUCGCUGCGCACCAUGCUGCUGUCCGUGCAGGCCCUGCUGGGCUCUCCCGAACCCGACGAUCCCCAGGACGCAGUGGUUGGCCGCCAGUUCAAGUCCAACCACGAAAUGUUUCUGCUGACUGCGCAACACUGGACGAACGCGUAUGCAGGCGGUCCGCACUCUUUUCCCGAUUUUGAUGCCAAAAUCGAACAACUCAAGGAGAUGGGCCUGGGAGAGCAUUCUGCGCGCAGUGUCCUCUCCAAAGAGAACUGGAAUUUGCAGAGUGCCGCAGAGUGGCUGUUCAGUUAGAUGGCCAAGACCCCACACACAUAACACCUCAGCCAAAGGCAUC